AUGUUUUCAGCUUCCGCAAAACGUCUUAGUCGAACAAUUGGCGUUGAUGGAGUCAUUGCCGACCGAUACCAUCAAAUUUGCCUUCGCUCGUUGAUCCCGGCGCUCUCGUCUUCUACGGCCGUCGUAGAUGACAACCUCCUGGCCGCUGUCGUAAUCCUGCGAUUCACGGAAGAAGUCGAUAUCGGUUCCAUGACCCUCGAGUCCCAUCUGAUGGGUACUAGAAUCCUGCUGGCCGCCCAGGAGAACGCCGCCGACUUCAGCGGUCUGCGACUUUCUGCAUUCUGGCUUGCCCUGAGGCAAGAGAUAUAUAUGGCCUUUGUUCACACCCGCCCGGUCUAUCACAGCUUCUUCCCCAGCAUCAAACGGAUACAGGAACGCGGUAACAGCGACGAGAAUGCCGUGGAUUGCCAUUAUGCUAAUAAAGCAGUAAGCAUUUGUGCAAUGUGUCUAAGCUACUGUUACGGUCAGGAAGACAACCAUGUAAGGAGUUACGCGCAACUGAAAGAGGAUCUUGAUGUAUGGUGGAAAGAGAAGCCAUGGUACUUCGACGCCAUGUGGGCAAAUCCAGAACCUGGCUUUCUGCUGGAAGAACAGUACAUCACCGACGCCGCUGUGACUGGAUUGCAGCACUAUCACCUGGCGCGGAUGCUCUUGAUUGCCCACAACCCCAAGGUUGCGCGGCUUGGUACGGCUUUCCGGGCGAUGGAGGAAGAACUCAAACAGACCGUUCGUGUGAUAUGUGGCCUUGCAGUGGCGAACGAGAGAACACCCCCAGCAUACGUGAACGCAUGCAUAGCAAUCACCAUGGCGGGCGAUCGUUUUACAGACCGGAAAGAACAAGAGGAGUUGUACAAGAUCCUUGUCAAGACUGACAGGCGGUUGGGGUGGCCGACUCAUGCAGCACAGUCUCAGAUCAGAGAGGCUUGGGGUUGGGAGGACUCUCCAUCACCCCCUGCGAUGCCUAUUGCGGCCAUGUUAAACGCCCGCGCACGAGCUGGGACGGCGGAUUGA